UCUUUCGAUGGUGGUACUAUUUUAGUAACCUCGUCUAGGCAUGAAUCCAUUAAAGUUAUUUUUACACGAAAGGUAACAGGAAACUGAAAGAAACCUCAGCAGAAGUCGGUUUUCUCCAAACCGAAGUUCUGAUCUAUUCAAGAAUCACACUGCAAACCACUAUCCAAAAUUUGGAUUAUGUCGACGCCUGAGCUACAAUUUCGUGACAAUCACCGAAGGAAGGUCCCCUAUGGGAUACGUUUCAUACAGUGGAUCGGACGAGAACGCCCACAAGCCUAUCGUGGAUGGGUCCUAAUUUUAACGUUCUUUGCCUACACCUCGUAUCAUCUCUCAAGGAAACCUAUCAGUGUCGUAAAGGGAACAUUGAAGCCAAAUUGUUCUAAAAUAACUGCAAGUUGCCAUGGCUGGAAACCAUUUGACUCACCAGACACUGGCGACGAGCUUCUUGGAGCAUUGGAUCUGGCGUUCCUAUUUUCCUAUGCUGUUGGCAUGUUUUUCAGUGGCUUUGUUGCUGAGCACAUGGACCUCCGGCAUUUUCUUACAGUGGGGAUGUUAUCCAGUGGUCUUUUUACAGCAUUGUUUGGCAUGGGAUAUUUUUUGAAAUUUCACUCUUUUGCAUAUUUCAUCACUAUCCAGAUUUUUUCAGGAUUUUUUCAGAGUUCUGGCUGGCCCAGUGUAGUAGAAUGUGUUGGAAAUUGGUUUGGGAAAGGAAGGCGUGGGUUGAUAAUGGGAAUAUGGAAUUCCCACACAUCUGUAGGAAAUAUACUUGGGUCUGCCAUAGCUGGUGUAUGGGCAAGUGGUCAAUGGGGCUAUUCAUUUAUUGUACCUGGCUGCAUUAUUGCUGGAAUGGCCAUCUUUGUAUUUCUUUUCCUUGUCGUUGAUCCAAGCCAUGUAGGCUGCCAGCCUCCUCAACAACACACUGAGCCACCACCUGCGUGUAUUGAUUCCUCGGUCAGCACAGAAGUUGUUACUGACCCUCAAGAGGGUAGUGAAAGAGAAGGCCUUUUAAAAGAGUCAUAUUCUCAUGAACCUGAGUCUAUAAUAGUCAAAAGGAAUCUACAGGUGCCAAGUGAGUCACAUAUGUCAGGUUCAACUGUGGUACCACCAUCACAUGGAGAAGCUAGUGCUGUCAGUUUUUGGAGAGCAGUUCUUAUUCCAGGUGUGAUUGAAUACUCUUUGUGCCUAUUCUUUGCUAAACUGGUCAGUUACACAUUCCUGUUCUGGCUGCCAUUUUAUAUUGAAAACACACGUAUUGGCGGUAGAUUGUAUAGUCCAACCACAUCAGCCGAUUUGUCUACUUUGUUUGAUGUUGGUGGAAUCAUAGGAGGUAUAUUGGCUGGAUUUGUCUCCGACAAAACAAGCUGCAGUGGAAUUACAGUUGUUGUCAUGUUGUUCCUCGCAGGGCCGAUGCUCUUUUUGUAUAGAUUUUUUGCCAACGCAAACCUCAAAGUUAACAUAGCUCUGAUGAUACUCAGUGGAGUCCUAGUCAAUGGUCCUUAUGCUUUAAUAACAACAGCGGUAUCAGCUAAUCUGGGUACCCAUCCAUGUCUUCAAGGAAACACAAAGGCCAUGGCUACCGUCACUGCUAUCAUAGAUGGCACAGGCUCCAUGGGUGCUGCCCUUGGACCACUUUUAACGGGAAUCAUCUCUCCAACGGGCUGGAACAAUGUAUUUUACAUGCUAAUUUCUGCCGACAUAUUUGCCGCCAUUCUUCUCAGCAGACAAGUCUGGUUUGAAAUAAGUCAGCACUGUUUUGGGCGCAGGGAGCAAGUUCGCUUUGCGUAUUUGGAUUCUGUCCACGAUAAUUUGAGAAAUGAUAGCGAGGAGGAGCCACUUAUGUACAGCAGCUAACACAAGCGGAUAAAAAUAUGAGUGACCUAGAAAUCAAACAAUUUUCUUCACGCAAGUUGUCGGUGUUUGGCUUAAUUUUUUACUUCAGAGUUUAAAAACUGACGCGGGCCGACGCAGUCGACAAACCAAUUACAAGCCUAUGAGUCUUAGCAGUCAGCCAAUCAGAGCUCAGCUCUGACGGUGUCAAGAGCGGGAAAAAAAGUGUUCUGCAAUCUGCCUUAAUCAUAAAUUACGUGUUCUAUAAUCUAGCGAACGUUAAACAUUGUUUUUUUUUUCUCCAAGCACCUACUUGAAUGAAGAAAUCUUCUUUCUCCUUGAUAGCAGAUUUAAUAAAUUUGUCUUUGUAUUAGUAAAGGACAAGGCAAACGAA